CACAGCCGUUGAUCUGAUUAUCACUUAGGUCACUCAGAGUCCUAGGGUUUAUAUAUCAAUCUCGAUCCUCUCUCUAACUCUCUAGCCGUCUUCUUCUUCUCUUCACUUCUUUCUCUCAACUCAAAACCUUCAGCAAUGGUCUUUGUGAAGGCUCAGAAGAGCAAGGCUUACUUCAAGAGGUUUCAGGUCAAGUACAAGAGAAGGAGAGAGGGGAAGACUGAUUACAGGGCAAGGAUUCGGUUGAUUAACCAGGAUAAGAACAAGUACAACACUCCCAAGUAUCGAUUUGUUGUACGAUUUACUAACAAGGACAUCACUGCACAAAUAGUAUCAGCCAGUAUUGUUGGUGAUUCAGUUCUUGCUUCAGCAUAUGCCCAUGAAUUGCCUCAUUUUGGGCUUGAAGUAGGUCUUACAAACUAUGCUGCAGCUUAUUGCACUGGACUUCUCUUGGCCCGCCGUGUCUUGAAAAAGCUUGAGAUGGACGAUGAGUAUGAAGGAAAUGUGGAGGCUACUGGGGAGGAUUACUCUGUUGAACCAGGUGACAGCAGGAGGCCAUUCCGUGCUCUUCUUGAUGUUGGACUCAUUAGAACCACAACUGGAAACCGCGUUUUUGGUGCCCUGAAGGGAGCUUUGGACGGUGGUCUGGACAUUCCUCACAGUGACAAGAGGUUUGCUGGCUUCUCAAAGGACAGCAAGCAGCUUGAUGCUGAGGUUCACCGCAAGUAUAUUUAUGGUGGCCAUGUUGCUUCAUACAUGAAAACUUUGAUGGAAGACGAACCAGAGAAGUAUCAGUCUCACUUCAGUGAAUGCAUCAAGAGAGGAAUUGACGCUGAUGGCAUGGAGGCACUGUACAAGAAAGUGCAUGCUGCCAUUCGUGCAGAUCCUACUGCCAAGAAAUCAAACAAGCAGCCUCCCAAGGAACACAAGAGGUACAACUUGAAGAAACUCACAUACGAGGAAAGGAAGGCAAAAUUGAUCGAAAGACUGCAAGCCCUCAACUCAGCCGUUGACGACGAUGAGUGAAAAUCAUGGCCUAAUUUGAGCUAAAAUAUUGUGGCUGAGCCAAAUUGUUUUCUCAUGUUAUUUUUGUUCUUAUUUUUGCAUUUUUGCAGCUUGGAGAUUUCAUGUUAGAUGAUAACAAAGAUUUUGGAUAUUUUUUAGCUUGGUAUUAAAUGAAGUUUCAGUUUUGGUUUAAUAUCAAAGA